AUGGCGUUCACAGGCAGCGCCCUCCGGAUCCAGUGCGAUGAGAACCUCCAGUCCAUGCUGGUCGGGACGGUCAUGAGGAAGAUCAAGUCUCGCACCUGGAAGAAGCAGCGACACUUCAUGCUCCAGGACGACUGCAUGACCAUCUGGUACCAGUCCAAGAAGGCCGGCAACGCACACUCCACAUUCUCGGUUAGCGAUGUGGAGGCCGUGCGGGAGGGCCAUCAGUCCGAGGUGCUCCUGUCCAUCGCAGACGAGUUUCCUCCAGAGCGCUGUUUCACUCUGGUCUUCAGGGGGCGCCGUGGGAACCUGGACCUGGUGGCUGAGUCCGAGGCUGAGGCCCAGUCCUGGAUCAAAGGCCUGAGGAAGCUCAUCGAGAAUGUGGAGAACAUGGGGGAGAGAGAGAGACUGGACCAAUAA